CUUCCACCCUCUCGUGUGCUGUUUCACUGUGGGUCUCCUAACAGACGGACAACAUGGCGAAAGGUUUCUUUAUCAGCAAAACCAUUGGCAUAGUGGGUGCCAUCGUGGGUGUAGCGGCCGUGUCUACCAUCAUUGCUCUGUCUGUUGUUUACUCCCAGGAAAAAGCCAAAAAUAAUCAGGUCUCACCGACUGAUGGAGGAACAACAUCCAAACCUCCCGUCACUACAUCUGCCCCGUCCAAUUUGCCCUGGGACAAAUAUCGGCUGCCCAAGAGCCUGGUGCCUGACCACUAUAACGUCACCCUGUGGCCACGACUCACUCCUGACGAUACAACUGGACUCUACAUCUUUACUGGUGACUCCAGUGUAGAGUUUCAGUGUGAUGAGGCGACCGACCUGAUUCUUAUCCACUCGAAUAAGCUGAACUACACCAAACUCGAGAAUGACCACUUCGCAACGCUCAAAUCAGUCAGUGGAGGCAAAGUCCCCUCUGUCAAGUCUUCCUGGCUAAAGGUUGAGACCCAGUACCUGGUCGUACAGCUGGAUAGUAAACUGACGAAGGGUCAAACGUACCAACUGUCUACCAAAUUCAUUGGAGAGCUGGCUGAUGACCUGGGAGGCUUCUACAGGAGUGAAUACAUGGAGAACGGAGUGAAAAAGGUUGUUGCUACGACUCAGAUGCAGCCAACAGAUGCCAGGAAGGCUUUCCCCUGUUUUGAUGAACCUGCUAUGAAAGCUAUUUUCCACAUCACUCUUAUCCACCAGGAUGGAACUGUAGCCCUGUCCAAUGGGGAAGAAAAGGAGUCAAGCAAUACCACCAUGGGCGGUCAGGCUGUGCAGAUCACAGUUUUUGAGCCAACUGAGAAAAUGUCCACCUACUUGUUGGCGUUCAUUGUCAGUGACUUUGGAUUCAUCAAUCAAACUAUUGAUGGUGUUUUGAUCCGUAUCUUUGCACGGAAGCCGGCUAUUGAUGCUGGACAGGGAGCAUACGCCCUCAAUAAAACUGGACCCAUCCUUAAGUACUUUGAGAAGUAUUUUAGUGCUGAAUACCCUCUGCCAAAAUCUGAUCAGAUAGCUUUACCAGACUUCAACGCUGGAGCCAUGGAGAACUGGGGUCUUAUCACAUACAGAGAGACAGCACUGCUCUAUGAUGAAGAGUACUCAUCCAACUCCAACAAGGAGAGAAUUGCUACCAUUAUUGCUCAUGAACUGGCUCACAUGUGGUUUGGUAAUCUGGUGACCCUGAGGUGGUGGAAUGACUUGUGGCUGAAUGAAGGCUUUGCAUCCUAUGUCGAGUACCUUGGAGCAGAUGAAGCUGAACCUGAUUGGAACGUGAAAGACCUCAUCGUGCUCAACGACGUCCACAGGGUGUUUGCCAUCGAUGCCCUGGCAUCUUCUCACCCUUUGUCCUCAAAAGAAGAGGACAUCCAGAAACCAGAACAGAUUAGUGAGCUUUUCGAUGCCAUCUCAUACAGCAAGGGAGCAUCUGUUCUGAGGAUGUUGUCCGAUUUCCUGACAGAACCAGUCUUCACAAAGGGACUUCAGAGCUACCUGAAGGAAUUUCAAUUUGGGAAUGCAGUCUACACAGAUCUGUGGAACCAUCUGGAAAAGGCUGUCAGUGGGAGUGGCAUUUCACUUCCUGGCACAGUCCAUGAGAUCAUGAACACCUGGGUUCUGCAAAUGGGCUUUCCUGUGGUAACAAUCAAUACAACCACUGGGGUUGUAUCCCAGCAGCACUUCCUCUUAGAUCCAGAUUCUGAGGUCACCACUCCUUCUGUUUACAACUAUGAAUGGAUUGUUCCAAUUAAGUGGAUGAAGACUGGUGCAGACCAGGUAUCAGAGUGGCUCAAUCAAAAUUCAACCACAAUUGACAAAAUGAAAGUAUCAGAAGCUGACUGGGUGCUUGCCAACCACAACGUGUCAGGUUACUACAGAGUCAACUAUGAUGAAGCCAACUGGGAGAAACUCCUGACAACAUUGACCAAUAACCAUCAGCUUAUUCCAGUGAUCAACAGAGCUCAGUUGAUCGAUGAUGCCUUCAACUUGGCCAGGGCAAAGAUCAUUCCAACAGUGCUGGCCCUCAGAACUACCAAGUACCUGAGCCUAGAGAGGGAAUAUAUGCCAUGGGAUUCAGCCCUGGGAAGCCUGGACUUCUUCGACCUCAUGUUUGACCGCAACGAGGUUUAUGGUGUCAUGCAGGAAUAUCUGAAGAAACAGGUCACCCCUUUGUUUGAAUACUUUAAGAAAAUAACUGACAACUGGAAGACACUACCCACUGGACAUAUGGACCAGUAUAACCAGGUGAAUGCUAUCAGCCUGGCUUGCAAAUCAGGUCUUCAAGAAUGCCAAAAUCUAGCCAAGACAUGGUUCAAGCAAUGGAUGGACACGAAGAUCAACCCGAUCCAUCCCAACCUGCGUUCCACUGUGUACUGUAAUGCCAUAGCAGCAGGUGAUGCUGCUGAGUGGGAGUUUGCUUGGUCCCAGUUUAAGGACGCCAGCAUUGCUAUUGAAGCUGAUAAACUCCGUUAUGCUCUGGCUUGCACAAAGCAGCCCUGGCUUCUCAACAGGUAUCUGGAGUACACUCUGGAUACGAACAUGAUCCGGAAGCAGGAUGCCACCUCCACCAUUGUCUACAUUGCUGGCAAUGUUGUUGGUCAGUCCCUGGCCUGGGACUUUGUCAGGUCUCGUUGGACAUAUAUUUUCACUCAGUAUGGUGGCGGCUCAUUCUCCUUCUCCAACCUCAUCAACGGAGUCACCAAGCGCUUUUCAACUGAGUACGAGCUUCAACAGCUUAAGCAGUUUAAGGAAGAUAAUGCAGCAACUGGUUUCGGCUCUGGGACCUUGGCAGUGGAUCAGUCCAUUGAGAGAACCAUUGCCAACAUGAAAUGGAUCGCAGAGAACAAACAGGGCGUUCUGGAGUGGUUCCAAGCUGAAGUAAAGCCCUGAUGAUGCCAUCAACCGCUGCAGCUCCAUUAUAACUCCUACUACUUGUUAAAGAAUGAUCUUUUUUCAUGAAAAGAAAAUUUGUAUUUGGAGGAAGACAAGGUUCACACCUUUGCAACUGAAAAUUGCACUGUUUAUAAUAUCCAUAAUAUGAUUACUUGGAUCUUUUUUGGCUUGCUGUUUCCUUUUUUUAGUAUUUGAGUGCCAAGAAGUUGAAGAAGGUUUGGUUGCAAUCAAACCUUGAGUGUUGAAAUUAAAAAGACAAUUCCAAUAUUUAAAGUUA